UCCCUCCCUCCUGCAGUCGAUCCCUCCUUCUCUGCACUCUGAGCUCCUCUUCUCGUCAUUUGUUCCUCCACGUCUCGGCGGCUGCAGGAACGAUGCUGCCCCACAGACUCCUGGCUCUGCUCGGACUCCUCCUGCUCUGCAAAGGUCAGGAGGAGAGUGGAGCAGGCGAGUUCUGUGACAACUUCACAGAUCUCAACCUGUCCCACUGCUUCAUCGGUACCAGCCUGUACGUCCGCCUGCUGCUCUACACUCGCUCCAACCUCGACUGUGGCCACGAGCUCAGCCACCACCACCUGUCCACGCAGCCGCUCUUCAACCUCUCCCGGCCGACGGCCUUCGUCAUCCACGGCUACCGGCCCACCGGGGCGCCGCCCAUCUGGAUCGAGCACAUCGUGCGCCUGCUGUCUGAGCAGGAGGACAUGAACGUCAUCGUGGUGGACUGGAACCGGGGGGCGGCCAACCUCAACUACUUCACGGCUGUGUCCUACACCAGGGAGGCCGCUCACAACCUGACCGGCUUCAUCGCGGCCAUGGAGGAGGAGGGGGCCUCCCUGAGCUCGGUCCACCUCAUCGGCGUCAGCCUCGGCGCUCACCUGGCCGGAUUCGUGGGAGCCAACCUGAAGGGAAAGAUCGGCCGGAUCACAGGUCUGGACCCGGCGGGCCCCAUGUUUACCAGCGCCACACCGGAGGAGCGGCUGGACCCCUCGGACGCCGCGUUCGUGGACGUACUUCACACCGACAUGAACUCGUUUGGACUCAGAGGAGCCCACGGUCAUAUCGACUUCUAUGCCAACGGUGGUGCCGACCAGCCGGGGUGUCCCAAAACCAUCUUUGCAGGUAAAUCCUACUUUGUGUGUGACCACCAGCGCUCCGUCUUCCUCUUCCUGUGCUCCCUGAAUCGGACCUGCAGCCUCAUGGGCUACCCCUGCUCGUCCUACAGCGACUUCCUGGACGGCCGGUGUCUGCAGUGCGACGCCUUCAAACCUGCGUCCUGCCCCGUGCUCGGUUACGACGUGAGCCAGUGGCGCGAGACGCUGCUGAAGCUCGGACAGACCCAGGUCUUCUUCAGCACCACGGCCUCGCUGCCCUACAGGAAGCUGAGCUACAGAGUGGACAUGGUGACCUGGAACCAGUACCUCCGCUGGGGGGUGGUCUACAUCCGAUUGCACAGUGGCCGAAACUUCACUGAGGCGCGAAUAGACCAUAAGCUCCUCCGCUUCGAGCAGUACACCUCCACGCGCCUGCUGGCCCAGUUUGACGAGGACCUGCCUCACGUCCAGAAGAUCUCCAUGCGCAUCAGCACCGGCAACGUGAUCGGGCCUCGGUACAAGAUCAGGCUGCUGCGGAUAAGAUUCACACCUCUGGAGCGCCCCGAAAGGCCUCUGAUGUGCCGCUUUGACAUCAUCAUGGAGGAGAACAUGGAGGUGGCCUUCCGUCCGCUCCCCUGUGACUCCCGCCUCUGACACACGUCUGAACCCAGGCGUCCUCACAGGAGGAGCCGCUCCCCGCUGGACCGGGACCAGUCAGCUGAUGCCACGGAAACACGACAAACUGUCACUGUUACACAAGACAACAUCCCUGUCAGGACUCGUAACCGAGGGAUGUUUGGGAUUCAAGUAAGCUCCGAGGUCACGAUCCGUAACCAGAUUAAAGGAAAAGCUGCUGCAGGACAGACUUACGUCACAGUGGGAUCAGUUUUGUUAAUGAAGCCACAGGUCUGGGAGAUGUUUGGAUUAGAACAUUAUGGACCCAGUAGAACAAAGACACGCUCAGACCUCCUCUGAUGUGAAUUAGUCCUGGAGCCAGAGAGUUCUGUUGACUGGUUCUGCCCCCGCCUCAGUCUGGCCUCGUGGGCCGAGCCUGUGCCUGAGGGAACGUCCGUCUCAGCGCAGCCUCUCACCUUUGUGCCUUUUUCGAACAGCAGCUGUGGUUUGCACCUAAACUGAGGUAAAGUCACCGGAUGAAGCCCCUGCUGCAAGACGUUAAUAUCUGAGUGAUUGAAACUGAAAUGUACUGUUAAAUAAGAUUCUCCAGAAUCAACAGUUCCAUGUGGGUGACAGAGUUGCUGCUGUAACCAGCUACAAGAUAAGGAACGAAACUAGGUCCUAUUCAGACUUAAGUCCAACUAAUCUGAACUCAGGGUUGUUUUCUCAAAUUCUGCACAUUCUAUUUUAAUCAUCCAGUGUUUUAGACUGUUGAUAAGUAACUGAGCAGCUAAAAUUAAAACAUGUUCACCGCACUGUUUACUGAGCUGUAGAUGAAGUUUUAAAUAGAUGAAACACCACCUUGGGCUCAUAUUUAUCAAUUCAGUACUGACGUCUACUGUGACUGUGCUGUGGUCACGCAUCCUGUUCGCUUGUUCCCUUAAACACGUCUACAUGUAGAAGACAGAGCUGUGUCAGGACCCACGCUCCACCCUAACAGGACGAGUAUCAGCUACUCUAUGGGGGGACUCCCCAGCUGUACAGAGAAUUUAAAAUACUGAGCUGACUGUUUAUAAAUGUGUAGAGGAAAUGUGUUCACUUUGUCACCAUGAGGUGUAAAAAUAAAAGGUAAAUUUGUAAAUAUAAAAAUACAUCCAACAAACACUAUUUCUUGCUACUGAGACGACAGAUUUU